AUGCCCAUAAUCGAUUUUUGUCGGCAGACAAUAUCUACUUGGAAAAUAUUUUUUCUCAAUCUCAAUGUUUUUCAGCCACCAGUUGGCAGUGAUCAAAAUGAAGAUGAACAACAACGUCGAUUCAAUAUUAUUGUUACUCGAAUCUAUCUAGUUCUUCUCACAUGUCUUCUCAUUUAUCUCGGUCUUUUUACAUAUUCAGAUGUGAAAGACAUCACCGAGAAACAAGAUAAUCCGCCUAAAAUAGAACUAGAUAGCUUUCCUGCCGAUGUAGAGUGCCCGUGUUCUCGUAUUUCACUCUCAUAUGGUGAGUUUAUUUCAUUGGGACCGAUUUUACAUCAAAUAUGCAAGAGUGAUUUUGUGCUUGAUCGUUGGACUAAAGCCAUCUACUCUGACUCGAACGUCACGUAUUUCAAUUUAAACGACUUUCGAACUUUUGGUAGUGCACAAUUUCAAGCAUUAGCCGGUUUCUGUGAUCAAUCAAUAUCUUAUCUUGAACAAAAUAUUGAUUCAUUUGAAAAAAGCAAGUUUAUAAGUCCACAACUUUUGCCGAGAAAUCUUUUUCAAGAAGAAACUCAAACAGCUAUUAUUCGCUUUCAACAGUCUCUACCUCGAGCAUUUGCAGCUCAAUUAGAACUAAUCCUUCAAGUAAUAAGCAGCAAUCGACUUAUGUCUGGUCUUCAAACAAACUUUAUUAUAUCAUACGACGAUAACCCUGAAGUUAACCCCGCCAUAUAUAUUGACAGGAAUAAGGCAUCGUGCGAUUGUGUUUCGGAUUAUCGAUGUACUUCUAAGGCUAUCUUUAGCGACAUAUUCAAUGCAUCAACACAGUAUGAUUUCGGUCGUAAGAUUAGGCUGCCUGGAUUAGCAUCAGGUUGUUUGCCAGUGACUUCGAUUCUUGCAUCGACACUUGAGUGUUUUUACAGUCAGACAUGUUUGAACACUCUUAUUUCAGUAUUUCAAACAGAAGAAAAUUUCUCAGCGAUGGCAGUUAGCAAUAUCAGUCGUUUUGGUCAAUAUGCAACCGUGAAAUCAAUCGUUGAUAAUCUGAUGGUGGAAGAUUGGUUGAUGAACGUAUCUUAUGAAAAGUAUCGCGAUAAUUGUGCACCUCUUUCUUGCACUUAUCAAAAGAAAAUGAGAAAUACUUUACUAGAGGUGAUGGUAAAACUCAUUGGUUUACUCAGCGGCUUGAUAUGCGCACUAAGACUAGUGCUUCCAAUUAUUGUUCGAUUCAUCCUGAAUAAAUUAAAUAAUGUACAAUCUCCACCAUCUGGUCUGACUCGUAAGUAA